UAUUUAAAUUCUGUGUAUUGCGGUAAUAAAUAUUGAGUGUGAUUAUUUCUGUUAAUGGUGGGGCAUGCUACAGAUGAAGUGCGGAGAGCUGAUUGACAACGGUCCAGUUUCUUAUGAGCUGUAAAUAUAUUUGUUUUCGCGCCCUGUAAAGAAGAUCACUGUACUGAUUUUUUUCUAAUUUAUCAGGAACAGAUAUUAAAAUUGUGUGGAAAAAGUUCGCAAACUUAAAGCAGUAAUAAUUAGAUAUUCUGGUGGAAACACAAACACACAUUGACGACGGACAGUUGAGAUUGUCAGUGGGUGCUGCAAAACUGUGACAAUAAAGUGUAUCGUUAGCGUAGAAUAUAAUAUCCGUGACCUAUUAGGAACGCUGCACUGGUUUCGUACUGUGACAGUUUUUUGCAUUAUUUAGCAUCCUGAUGUGAACUAGAGUUCAUUCUCAAUAACCGUUAAUUGAAUUGCGUUUUCCACCACCAUUUAGGUUUUGACCAUGUCUUUAAUAUACUUGUCUAAUUUCACGGUUACGUAAUGUUAACAGGUUGGCUGUAAGGCAAAUGUGCGUUGGAAGAGUGGCCAGGAAGUUAAGAAUUUGAAGGUGUAGUGAUACUUUUAUAGCCCUAUUUUAAGUUAACAUAAUGGCAUUCAGUUUCGGUAAUACUGCAAAAUUCCCAACGCAAACGUCUGCACCAUCUUUUGGUUUUGGCUCCUCGUUAACGACAGCCGCUAAACCGGCAGCCACAGGUUUCUCCUUUGGUACUCCUAGUUUUGGCCUGGGUACUACAGCAGCCACAACAACAACAGGUUUUGGUUUUGGUGGCCUUGGAUCAACACAGAAUACUGGAUUCAGCUUUGGUGCCACAACCACGACAGCAGCUGGAACUGGUGGAUUUGGUACUGGCAGUUUACAGUUUGGUGCUGGAUCAGCCGUAUCUGGGACAGGAACUGCUCCGACAUUUGGUGGAUUUGGAACUACCGGCCAACAACAAACUGGAUUUGGAUCCUUUGGCGCGUUUGGUGCAAAACCGGCGACAUCAAUAGGAGCAUUUGGAAGCACUGGUUUAUUUUCUCAACCACAACAGCAGCAGUCAUUUUUGCAGCAGCAACAAGCGCCUUUGAAAGGGGAAGAGGCCAUUGCAAGGGCUGUGUACUUUGUGCAGAUAUUUGGUGAUGAACGUGAUCAAGUACUGGCAAAAUUUAACAUGCUUCAGGCUUUGUGGGGUUGUGGAAAAGGUUACUAUUUACCUGGCCAACCACCUGUAGAAUUUACUCCUGCUAACCCUUUGUGUCGAUUUAAGGGUAUAGCUUACAGUCGCAGAGUAGAUCCUGAAGAAGCUCGUGAAGGGCUUGUAUUGCUCACGUUUGCAAAGGCAGAGGCAGAUGUGCGAGCUGGCCAGUCGCAGCUUGUCCAGAUCUUGCAAACUGCAUUGGGAGAUAGAGCUACGAUUCACAUCGACAGUAUUCGCUCUGUAGGACCUCAGAGAACAACAGUGAGCCUUUAUGCUGAAGAAGCACAACAGCAGUUAGGAACAGCAAAACGUCGCUGUGGAGCAGCAGAACUGGCAGCGGGCAUACGUCAACAUUUGACCCAGCUGGGUGCAGAGUCAGUGCUGCCCCUUACUCUCCUGUUGUCUCCUGAAGUGGAACGAUACCUUUCAGAGCCUCCUCCAGGUAUUGAUGCCCGUCUCUGGAAACAAGCACAGGCUGAAAAUCCAGAUUCAGCUAAUCUCAUACCUGUCCCUGUCAUUGGGUUUGAAGCACUUGCAGCACGUGCUAAAGCCCAAGAACGUGAGGCAGCUGCACACUUAGCAGCAUUAGAUCGAUCAGCUGCUGAAGUUUCUACUUUGCGUGCAGCAUUGGCACGUACAGCUGCUAAGGUUUCUGAGCAACGUCGCCGAGCACUUUCUUUGGAGCAUAGAGCACUAGUUGUAGUCGGCAGACAGCAGAUCAGACGUAAAGCAGGGCAAGCGCUUGACCCUCGUGAAGAGGCUCUGUUGAGUCGAUUGCAGGCACUUCAAGCCCAUCUUUCUGCUCCAUCUGUUGUUAAAGCUAGACUGAAUGAAAGUCUGUCUCAGGUACGCUUGAGGCGAGGAGUUGAUGGCACAGCAGGACCAGGAAGUGGUUUACGAAGUUCAGCAAUGUUUGGUGAUGACUUACGAAAAUUUCUGGAAAUGGAACAAGAUGGCAUUGAUCGCCUUGUAGAAGUUGUGCGAUCUGACUUGAAUUCUAUGCGUACAAUUCAGGAAGGACUUUGCAAACUUUUGCCACAGCAGUACAAAUGAGAUUUCACUUAAUUUUGACAAGAAAUGGAAAUACGUGUGAGAUGUGAUCAUUGUGUUUAUGGUGAGCUUCUACAAUGGAGAUGUUCCUACAGCAUUUGGCUGUUUUGUGAAUGAUAUAUUUUCUGUAACUAUUUUUUUACUCAUUUGUUAAAAUUUUAUUAUUGUCCUAUUGGUGUAUUUUGAAUAUAAGACAACUCUCUUGUGCUACAUUUAUAAUUCAUUAAAUUACUACUGCUUCCAGGUCA